CAAUUGAUAUUAACACUAUGUGUUUUGAAGGUAUGUCUGGUUUGACUGCUUAUGGUGGACUCUUUGAGGUUUGCAAUCCAAAGAAGGGAGAAAAAGUAUUUGUAUCUGCAGCAUCUGGUUCUGUUGGCCAGCUUGUUGGACAAUUUGCAAAAUUGACAGGGUGCCAUGUAGUAGGAAGUGCUGGAAGUAGAGAAAAGGUUGAUCUUCUGAAGAAUAAGUUUGGAUUUGAUGAUGCUUUCAAUUAUAAAGAGGAGCAGGACUUGGAUGCAGCUUUGAAAAGGUACUUCCCUGAAGGAAUUGAUAUUUACUUUGAAAAUGUUGGGGGAAAGAUGUUGGAUGCUGUGCUUCUCAACAUGAGAAUGCAUGGACGAAUUGCUGUGUGUGGACUGAUCUCACAAUACAACCUAGAGAAACCUGAAGGACUAUAUAACGUGGCUUCUAUUCUUUUCAAGCGUCUUAGAGUGGAGGGAUUUGCUGUGUUUGAUUACCUUCACCUCUAUCCGAAGUUUCUGGACCUUGUACUACCUCAAAUCCGAGAAAAAAAGAUCACCUACGUAGAAGACAUUGCAGAAGGCCUUGAAAAUGGUCCUGCUGCCCUUGUUGGUCUGUUUAGUGGUCGCAAUGUCGGGAAACAGGUUGUUUUGGUUGCUCGUGAAUGAUCUCAGGUUCCUUUGACCAUCCCUUUGUACAUAGAGUAUAUACCUCAGUCUACAGGCUAUUAGCAUUUUAAUUCCACUAGUUUGAGCUCUCAUGCGUUUGUGCACCUGGAGUUCUUUGUGAACUUUAUCAGGCCAGAUAAUACAGUGCCAAGUUGAAGUCAAAGAUGAGUAAAUCCUGAUUUCGUUUUGUUGCCAUCAGAAUCUACGCAGAUAUUUUCUGUUUCUUGUUUCAGAUGAAUAAAUAAGCUUACCUAUCAGAACACUAGUGCA